GUAGAAAUGAUGAAUUGACCUAGUGAGGAAGAGAUAUAUGACGAAAUGAAAUAAAAUAAAGAUAAAAAUGGUGGAGAAUUGGAAUUGGAUUUGGGGAAAGUUGAAUUGAGUUAUGGGGGCAGAGUUGUUAGUAGUAUGCCAUGGUUUGGUUACUGCCUUGAUUGUUGUUUCUUUCCUCUGCGGUCGAUGGCCAAUUUUCGAAGGCACUUUCAUUCAACGCUUUCACUAUUUCCUCACUUUCGGCGCUUACGAUUACUUUCUGCGUUUCGUUGGCGCUGUUUUUGGCUCUAAUUGUACCAAUGCGGUUCUUUCUGUCGAAUAUUACUGCUGCGAUCGUCCCAAUCCUCUCUUACAGAUCAUAUAUCUUGUGAUAAUCAGCUUUACAUAUUAUUUCGUUGCCAAGUCUUCCUUUGUGUAUAUCCCUGGAUACUAUUUAAGUGAAACUCACAAGUACACGAGCUUCUUGGCAGGUGCUGUUGGAAUUCUGCUCUUUCUUUUGACCAGCUUUUCUGAUCCUGGGACAAUAAAGUCUGAGAAUGUUUCUCAAUAUCUGGCUGCUUAUCCCUAUGAUAAUAUCAUUUUUUCUGAGAAAGAAUGUUCCACUUGCAAAAUUCCAAAACCUGCUAGAUCAAAGCAUUGCAGCAUUUGUGAUCGCUGUGUUGCAAGAUUUGAUCAUCACUGUGGUUGGAUGAAUAAUUGCAUAGGGGAGAGAAACACCCGAUAUUUCAUGGCUUUUCUUUUAUGGCAUUUCCUGUUAUGUAUGUAUGGAACAAUGACCAUUGGUUUAAUUCUUGCUGGAAGACUAAAAGAAUUAAAAGUUGUCUAUAUUCUAACAGUUUAUUAUGGAAUAGAAAAUUCUUUUUUGGAUUUAGCUCCCCAUGUUGUACAGUGGUUGUUGGGAUCCUACAACACUCAGAUUCUUCUUAUUGUGUUCCUUGCAAUUGUUGGGAUGCUGUUAGCCGGAUUCUUUGGUUACCAUACAAAGCUUUGCCUUAGCAACACUACCACAAAUGAGACCUUUAAGUGGCAAGAGUACAUGGACUGGCAGAGAAAGUUAAAAGAAGCGCAGGCCAGCGCUGCAGCUCUAAGACAAAGUAUCAGUGGAAUGAACGGUGAAAAACAGCCCUCGUCAAGCAACAAAUGGAAAGCAUUCUUUAAAAGAUCACCUCUAGAAGAUGUGGUAGUUGUUAAGAAUAAUGUUUACAAUAAAGGUUUCUUGCACAAUAUUCGGGAGGUUAUUUCUCCUCUCUCUACAAGGCGGUCCUUUACGCAGACAAAGUUGAAGUCCAGAUGAGUAUGCCCAUUAUUGAAGAUCUUGGUGGCUAGUUGCACAUAAUUUUGAAUGGGUAUGCCUCUGAUAUUAAUUAUGUUGAAGUAGUUGAGGACUAGUUGUAGAUUGAAAAUUGAAUAUUUGAUAGUUCUUGUGUCUGCAGAUGUGUUGGUUGUGCUGUAUUGUUUCAUAUAUUAGCAAAAGUAGAAAGCUAUACAUAGAUGAUUUUAUAUUUGUAGCGAGGGAUGUAGCCCAUUUCAAAUGAACGGUGUAUUUUAGAGAAUAAUUAAUAAUGUUAAUGGAGCUAUGCAAGGUCAAUUGAUAUUAUA